AUGGUAUCUCGGGGUCCUUUUUAUCAGCGCCCACUACCCGUAAUCCUUCUGAGAUUUCUCUGCCUUCUUCCAACAGGACUGCCGGUUAGAAGCGUGAACUUCUCCAGGGAGUCGGACAACAUCACCAUCAGGCAGGGAGACACGGCUAUCCUCAGGUGCUAUGUUGAUGACAGAAUCUCAAAGGUUGCUUGGCUGAACCGAUCUAAUAUCAUUUUUGCUGGAAAUGACAAAUGGUCCCUGGACCCUCGAGUCACUCUGUUGACCAGCGCUCACUUAGAGUAUAGCCUUCAGAUUCAGCAGGUGGAUAUAUCUGAUGAAGGUCCUUAUACAUGUUCAGUGCAGACCCAGCACCAUCCUAAGACCUAUCAAGUGCAUUUGAUAGUGCAAGUUCCACCAAAGAUCUACAACAUCUCAUCUAACAUUACGGUGAAUGAAGGCAGCAAUGUGACUCUUGUGUGCUUGGCUAAUGGAAGACCAGAACCUGUCAUAAAUUGGAGACACAUUUCUCCUUCAGCCAGGGAAUUUGAAGAAGAAGAGGAAUACCUGGAAAUCUUCAUGAUCAGCAAGUACCAAGCCGGCAUUUACCAGUGCAAAGCCGCCAAUGAGGUUUCCUCUGCUGAUGAGAAGAAAGUCCAUAUCACUGUGAACUAUGCUCCCACUAUUAAGUAUGCUCAGAGUGCAGAUGUUGCAGUGGGCCGUACUGGAAUGCUGCACUGUGAGGUUUCGGCUGUGCCACCAGCAGACUUUGAGUGGUACAAGGAAGAUAAGCGGAUAUAUAACAGCUCGCAAGGCAUCCAGAUCCAGAACUUGGACAGUCGCUCCAGUCUCAUUGUCACUAAUGCCACUGAGGAUCACUAUGGCAACUACACAUGUGUGGCAGGCAACAAGCUGGGGAUCGCCAAUGCAAGCAUAUUUCUAUACAGGCCAGGUUCCAUGCGAGACUCAGGCACUGGAUUAGCAGGCGUCACCAUAUCACUGUGGCUGCUAGCAGCAACUCUAGUCUGUCUAAUUUACAAGUGUUAAUAUUAUGAAAACUGACCGCAAGAAAAGAGGAGACUAUUUGUAUUUCAACACAGUGCGUUCUACUGCACAGAAAAAAUAUUGCUAGAAAAGCUUUUAGAAUAGAAACAAAAGGUCGAGGGUGUAUUAGGUACAAAAUGAUCAACAUUUGCUCAUGAAUUUCAAAUAUUGUGUAAAAAGAAAUUCUUUCUCCUGUCAUAUUUGCUAAUGUUUACAUUCACGCAGGUCUAACCCUUUGUUUUGGGUCUGAAUGAUGACAUUUAAUCAACACAAAGCAGAACCCUGUAUUUGUUAGUGCCAAGUGAUCCAUUCACCAUAAAGAAAUUAUAAUUCACUGAAGGAAUAUUGAGGGUGACGAAUGACAUGGGAGCUCAGUGUUAAAUGCAUUGAUUAUAAAUCACCCACAAUAUUUAGGCACAGGCAUUGAUGCACAACAGCCUGGAUCAAAGGGUAAAUUCUUGAUGAAUUUAAUCAAUUUGCUCAAAAUCUAUGUGAAUUGGAUGAUACCGUCUUCUUCAAUA